AAGGAAGAAUCGUUCCCUCCUCAUCGUUUUCUAGUGUUAACUUGCGCGUGGUAUCCUAUCGUGCACAGCGAAGAAGACGAAGACGAAGAAGAAGCAGGGAGAAGAGGGAAUCUAAAUCGAGGAGUGGCGCAUUUUAGCCGUCCUUAGCUCCGAUUACAUCGGUUUCUUCUCUGUUUCCUUUCAUCCGAAUCAUCCUCGAUGGCUGCUCCACCUGCUAGGGCCAGAGCUGAUUACGACUAUCUCAUCAAGCUUCUUUUGAUUGGAGAUAGCGGUGUGGGUAAAAGUUGUCUGCUUCUACGUUUCUCUGAUGGCUCCUUCACCACUAGCUUCAUCACCACCAUUGGCAUUGACUUUAAGAUCAGAACCAUUGAGCUUGAUGGCAAACGUAUCAAGCUCCAGAUUUGGGACACUGCUGGUCAAGAACGCUUUCGCACCAUCACCACCGCUUAUUACCGUGGGGCAAUGGGCAUUUUGCUGGUCUAUGAUGUCACCGACGAGUCCUCCUUCAACAACAUUAGGAACUGGAUUCGUAAUAUUGAACAGCAUGCUUCAGAUAAUGUUAACAAGAUCUUGGUAGGGAACAAGGCUGACAUGGACGAAAGCAAGAGGGCGGUUCCUACAGCAAAGGGUCAGGCUCUCGCUGAUGAGUACGGGAUUAAGUUCUUUGAAACUAGUGCUAAGACAAACCUAAACGUGGAAGAAGUUUUCUUCUCCAUAGGGAGGGACAUAAAGCAGAGGCUUUCUGACACUGACUCCAAGGCUGAGCCUGCGACGAUCAGGAUAAGCCAGACUGACCAGUCAGCUGGAGCCGCGCAGGCCACACAGAAGUCUGCAUGCUGUGGAAGCUAAUAAGAAAAAAAUAUAAAAAUUGAAGUUUUAAGUGAAAAAAAAAACUAAGAUGUCGUCAGCUUGGGUGCUUAUGUAAUUUUUUUUUUGGUUUUAUCCUCCAACAUGUCUUGAUUCCUUCUAAAUUGCCUUUUCUUAUUCUUAUGUUUCCAUUGCUUUGCUCUUUUAUUUAAUCCCUAAACUUCUAAGA